AUGCUUUUAAAAAAGGAGCCUUAUGUGAAUGUGCUUCGAGACCUCGACGAGCGCAGGGGGUAUGUCGGGUCUCGUUACAUGGGGAACUUCGGAAUCAGGGUCGGGGAGGCGAGAUACCGAUACGAUUACGAUCCCAGCAUCAACCCCAGCGUGACGAAUGCUUUUGCCGCAGCCGCUUUCCGAUUUGGACAUACCCUCAUCCAGGGACUCGUCCAACUCUUUGGAGGAGGAGUGCAGACGGAAAGAAGGGAACUACGGGACUUCUUCAAUAAUCCAGGUCUCUUGUACGGUCAGAAUGGACUGGAUCGAUUCAUCAAUGCCUUGGUCACACAAUCCGUGCAAGGAUUCGAUAACUUAAUCACUAAAGAGGUGACGGAGCAUCUAUUCGAAGAUCGGCGUCACGGAUUCGGAAUGGACCUGGUGUCGUUGAAUCUGCAAAGGAGUCGUGAUCACGGGGUCCGAGGAUACAACGAAUAUCGAGAGCUCUGUGGUCUCGGCCGGGCCCGCACCUUCAACGACUUCGCUACCCACAUCAAUCCCCAAGUGAUCGGAGCCAUGCAGAAGGUCUACGAGAACGUGGACGACGUGGAUCUCUUCAUUGGUGGCAUCAGCGAGAGACCGGUGGAUGGCGCUUUGCUGGGACCGACUUUCUUGUGUAUCGUUGGCGACAUGUUCCUUCGUCUCCAGAAGGGAGACCGCUUCUUCUACGACCUUGGGAAUCAACCUCAUUCAUUCACCCCUGGUCCCGAUCUCUUGUCUGAGAGAGGAGGAGGGAUCCGGAAGGUGGGAUGCGGGAGUCCGGCGAUUCCCCGGCCACAAUUUGGUCCAUGGAAGGAAGGUUCUGGAGUCACCUUCGGUUGAGGAAUCUACAGUAUUUCACUUUCGUCUAAUUCAUUUUCUUUCCGUUCCUGCUCAUUUGUCAAGAAUUUUGACAUGCACCUUCGCGUACAUUCUGGAAGAAUCUGAAAUUCACUGACUUGCCAUUCUUCAAUAUCAUAAAGGAAGAUACAUUCCCCAUAAAACAA